CAAAGAACCAGCGAGACUGAAGGAGCCAAUCAGCUGUUGUCACUCUAUAAACUUGACCAAUACAUUUCCUUCAAGGACAUCUACCCCGGUUCAAAGGUCACUCAUUUUAAAAGGCUGAAAGCUGACAGUGGCGCCCAGCUUUCUGACAUGAUGUUCUUUGAUGAUGAGGAUAGGAACAUCGUGGAGGUUUGCAGGCUGGGUGUUCACUGUGUGGUGGUUCAUAAUGCCAUCACCUGGGAUCUAGUCAAGAAAGCACUUGAGCAGUUCAGCAACUAGCAGUGAAGGCGUCUAGUCCUGUGGAGA